AUGUUAGACUACCGCUGUACCGCGGUUCUGUUCCCUCGGCCACCUGACCUCCAUCAGUACAAAGAGCAACUCCUCGUUUGUGGUCAGCCGUCAGCCUUUUCCCGACCCUAUACCCUACGUAUUAAGGACCAAGUUCCCGUGCCAGUGCAUCCACUCUCAAGGUUGUCUGCAAUGAACAAGACAACCGACAGUGCCGCCCUGAGGGGUCGACGGCCGUGUUUUUCGGGAACUCUGACUAAUUUCGUUAAAAGCAUUCCGUUUGGAGACGAGCGGGCAGCAGGAGCCGGCCAGCCAGGCCCCGGCAGUAUCCCGGUCGAGGAGGUGGCGCGGGCGCAGUUACAAAUAUUCGAUAUGACUUCUGGAACAUUGCCUCGUGCUCCGAUGGGUCGCUAUAUAAAAAUACCUCCGAAGAAAUUGGAGCAAAAAAUAUUUAGUAAAGGUCGCCACGGCUCCACAGACCCUCCGAAAAUAGAGGACCCUUGUAACUAUCCCGCGACCGAGUGUUCCACGUGA